AUGAAUUUGGCAGGGAGUCUCUGAGGGAAGCAGGACGUAGUGAUCGGGCACAGCUUUAGUUGGCCAUUUUCUCAUUUUCCUCAAAUAAUUGAUAUUUUGUGUAUAUAUAUAUAUAUAUAUAUACAUAUAUAUUUAUAAGAUUUUAUUUUUUUACCUAUUUUUCUAAUCAGACAAACAUGGAACUUAAUUCUCUUUUAAUACUUCUGGAGGCAGCGGAAUACCUGGAAAGGAGAGACAGAGAAGCGGAGCACGGCUACGCGUCCGUUUUACCCUUCAACAGCGACUAUUCCGGGAAGAAAACGAAAGCUUCUGCAAUUUCAAGAAAAGCUCAGAACAAUAGGUCAUCACACAACGAGCUGGAGAAACACAGACGGGCCAAGCUGAGACUCUACCUGGAGCAGCUGAAGCAGCUGGUGCCCCUGGGCCCGGACAGCACUCGGCACACGACGCUCAGCCUCCUCAAGAGAGCCAAGAUGCACAUCAAGAAGCUGGAAGAGCAGGACCGGAAGGCCCUGAACAUGAAGGAGCAGCUCCAGCGUGAGCAUCGCUACCUCAAACGGCGCCUGGAGCAGCUGUCUGUGUCGGGCCUGGAGCGCAUCCGUACCGACAGCAUGGGCUCCACCAUCUCCACCGACUCCGAGCAAGAGGUGGACAUCGAGGGGAUGGAGUUCACCCCGGGCGAGGGGGACAGCAUGGGCAGCGUGAGCGACGGCGAAGAUUACCACUACAGCCUGAGGGGCAGCUCCGCCUCCAGCCCGGGCUCCGCCUCCAGCUCCAGCUCCGGCAGCUACACACAUUCCCACAGACUGAAGUCCCACCUCUUGUAGGCUCCGCCCUCCCUGCCUACCCAGUCCAGCCAUGCAAAGGCACCAGCUUCAUCGUCCUAAGGGGUUCAAGACUGCCUGGCUUCCAGGAAGCGGACCGCAGACAACGCCGCCUAUGACUUCCUCCCCCCCCGUGCCCCUCCCACCCACCCCUGCCCCACUCCUCGUCUCAUGGUAACCGCAGGCUCAGAUAUCAGAGCAAUACGCUGUCUUGUUAGGAACCUCUGUGGUGCGGUGGGCAGCUUUGGCUUGGCAGCGCGAACCGCCAGCGUGUGGCUCUGUGUGUUUUGAAAACACGGACAAGAACUAAAGGAACGUCUGACACAGUUGCACCUUUUGUCCAUUUCUAAAUACACGAGACCAACUAAUGACCAAACACUUUCUGCAGAAUUUUAAAUUGAGAAAUAAUAUAUUUAUUAUGGGAGUUCAUCCCACUAUUUUUUAUCCCACUAAAAAUCCCACACAAAUAUUUUUGCCACAAAAGAAACAGCACUUAGCGCCAUUAGUGCCAUAGACGACUUGUUGAUCUGCUCUCGCCGCGCACACGCUGACCUGAGAACCUGAUGAACCCAUUCACUCGGUUCCGGCUGCACGUCUUUCACCCUAAAGCACCAGCUUAUGACCCUGUCGACUCCACGAAGAGCACGUUCUUUACCGGCUGUACCGCCCCUCGUAUUGUGACACUGACGUUGCGAAAAUUGCGGUCGGCGUUAAAGAGCUUUUGAUGGGAGUCUGCAGACAGCAGCAAAGUGAUGUAGUGAUCCUGGAAUCGUUCUCUUAUUAUUAUUAUUAUUAUUAUUAUUAACAACUGUCUGCCUUCAUCCAGGGUAACCAAGUUUUUACACUAAGCUACUUACAUUUACCUACCCAUUCAUACAGCUGGGUCAUUUUUACUGUAUC